UUGGGGUUCACUGUCGGUCAGAGACAGUGUGUGUGCGUUUCACAAGGGAGAGCAGAGCCUCGUGGUUUGGAUUAUCGGGGAUCUCUAAGCGUCUGGGAAAAACCUCCAAACAUGACCGCCGCCCAUCGUCUGGUGAUUGUGCGCCACGGCGAGAGUGCCUGGAACCAGGAGAACCGCUUCUGCGGGUGGUUCGACGCCGACCUCAGCGAGAAGGGCGUGGAGGAGGCGCGGCGCGGCGCCCAGGCCAUCAAGGACGCCGGCAUGAAGUUCGACGUGUGCCACACGUCCGUCCUGAAGAGGGCCGUCAAGACCCUGUGGACCAUCAUGGAGAUCACGGACCAGAUGUGGCUGCCCGUGAAGCGCACGUGGCGGCUGAACGAGCGCCACUACGGCGGCCUGACGGGGCUGAACAAGGCGGAGACGGCGGAGAAGCACGGCGAGGAGCAGGUGAAGAUCUGGCGGCGCUCCUUCGACACGCCGCCGCCCCCCAUGGACAAGGACCACGCCUACCACAAGAUCAUCAGCGAGUCGAGGCGCUACAAGAACCUGAAGGCAGGUGAGCUGCCGACGUGCGAGAGUCUGAAGGACACCAUCGCCCGCGCUCUGCCUUACUGGAACGACGUCAUCGCGCCCGAGAUCAAGGCCGGCAAGAACGUCAUCAUCGCUGCCCACGGCAACAGCCUCCGCGGCAUCGUCAAGCAUUUAGAAGGCAUGUCUGACGCCGCCAUCAUGGAGCUGAACCUGCCCACCGGCAUCCCCAUCGUGUACGAGCUGGACGCGGACCUGAAGCCCGUGGGCCCCAUGCGCUUCCUGGGUGACGAGGAGACCGUGCGCAAGGCCAUGGAGGCUGUGGCCGCCCAGGGCAAGGCCAAGAAGUAAGGCUGUCCCCCGGAAGGUUCCGAAAGGAGAAAGUGACUGUUUCCCCUUGAUCACCGACGACUGACAUCCACCCCUGCCCUCACCCCGCAGUCCGGUCCAGUCCUUCGCUGGACCGGCGCUUGCUUUGAAAGAAGGCCUGAUUGGGUCUGAUUGUUGUUCCAGUCACCUCACACAGCCUGCCCUGCCUCUUCCACACACACACACACACACACACGGCGAGAAGCACAGGCCUACGGAGCAUUCGCUGAGCCCUGCGUUGAGGGCACCCCCCCACUCUGACACAACCAAUAAAGUACCGUUUUUGUACAA